GACGAUGCAGCCAAGUAUAGCCAGCAAUUCGCAGAUGAUUGCAGCAGCCUGGGCGUCGAGGGAGGAAGUUGUUGUCCAAAGGGCAAAGACGGAUGUCCGCUUCCGGUUGAGGGAGCACACAAUACGCAGUCACAUCCCCCUGAAACCAGCGAUGAGAACGAGUUCUGUCUCUGCGUGGCAGAGAACCCUGAUCCCGGAGCGGAUUAUGAGUUUCAGUCUGCUCCGGAUGCAACUACUACUGUCUGCCAGAACCGACAAUGGGACCUUUACCCAUUUGGAGAAUACAAGACGCUGCAUUGUAAAAACGAUCAAGCAUUCGACCAAGCUCAAGCGUUCGCAGAUGAUUGUGCUGCCCAGAACGUCUAUGGAGCCAAGUGUUGUCCCGCUGGCAAAACAACAUAUUGUCCCGAUCCGAUUCAAGGUAAAAAGAAUUGACAAAAACGAGUAUUGUUACUGCGGCUACUACGAUACUCCCGGUGACACUACUGGACCUUUUAUACCAUAUGAUUUUAUCACCUCCUUUGUCUGCUUGGAUCGAGGCUGGGCAGCCUAUCCGUUCGGGCCUGAUCGCACGACGCAUUGUGCAAACAAUCAAGCAUUUGACCAGGCUCAAUCUUUUGCAGAUGAUUGCUUCGCCCGAUACGCCGAUGGAGCACUGUGUUGUCAGUCGAAGAAAAAGGGUUGUGGGAAACCGGUUCUUGGUAGAAAUUUGACGGGGACGACUCCUUAGUGC